GCUGAAUCUAUCGGUGUGCCUCAACUUAAAUGGUUACGCCACACGGUUAUGUCAGAUGACUAAGCAACGUGGCUAGGCUUCGGUCAAUUCCCAGUCAUGCCCGCGCCCGCCGUCCCAUCCGUCUACCUCAAGGUGGAAUGUGACCGGGUAGACCGACCGAGCCUCAUAUUCAGGAGCACCACCAGACUUCAUCCGCCAUGGCGAUCUUACCCACGCAACUUGCGCGGACGACCCGACAAUCCGCCAAUUGGGCCGACGCAAAGCAACGAGUACUCACGGCAUACAGAGAAUGGUUACGAGCAGCGCCCGAGAUCCAGACCAUGUACUCCAUCAACUUCCCGGUCCCCGUCAUCCGCACGCGCAUGCGGCAGGAAUUCGAGCGGAACCGAUUCGUGAACAAUCUAGCGGUCGUCGAUGUGCUGCUCCUGAAGAACAACGCAGAAUACCAGGUCAGUCCGUUUGGUAGAUCUAGGCCCAGCCUCAUGCGGCUCGACAACCUAGGAAGGGGGGAGGAGCUUCGGGGCCCGAAUAAUAUAUCCGUUCGGAAGAAGCAUACACUGAUGAGCUACGGUACGAUAGGAAACGAUGAAUUACUGGAAGCAAACUACACACGUUAUGUCGUAUUUUAAGACCGAAAAUUUCCGAGGGGCAGACAGACUACCAG